AUGUGGAAGCCGCCAAUCAAUUUCAUUACACUACACUAUGCGUACAUUCUCAUUGUCGGAAUCUCAUCCCUGGUUGUUGUCUAUCCCUACGGGAACCUUAGAGCUAUAGACUCAUACUUCUUUGGAGUUAGCGCUUCGACUUCCACUGGAUUGAACCCUGUCGAUGUCAAAGCUCUCAAGACGUACCAACAGGUCUGGUACUACUUCACACCCAUCAUAACAAAUCUGGGCUUUAUCAAUAUCAUCGUAGUUGUUGUGAGACUACGGUGGUUUCACCAGAAACUCAAAGAUAUCCCUGCAGCAAAAGUAAGACCCAGAAGUUCUGGCAACGCAGUCGACCCGCGGAUACAGAUCAUUGCCAAUGCCGCCGAAGCGAGAGACCCUGAGAAAGGCCUCACUAGUGAGCAGGAAAAAGAUGAAGCUCCAAACACUGCUCGAAUUACAUUCGCUCCCGACCCCCGCCAUACUGUGAACGAGAAGGGUGCACUACGUGUAGCCGGGCCUCGCGAAGACGACAAUGGUCAACCUAUAUCUCCUACAUCGGAUGAUGAAGAAGAUGACCAAAUCAAGCCCAUUGCAGAAUCUAUCAACCCUCUACGCCGCAGAAUCUCUGAGACAAGGAGUAUGAGCAAAGCGACUUCGGUAGACCGCGCCGUAUCAUCAAUUUUCGUUCUCGGAAGCACAGCAGGUGCUCGUCGCAGUGGAGAUACGGGAAGACCGCAAUCCAUCGAUUUGAGAUCGCUCAGCCGAGAAGAAUUGGGUGGCGUCGAAUACCGUGCUUUGCAAGUCCUCCUCAAGAUUGUCAGUGGAUAUUUCUUUGGGUUGCAUCUAUUCGGAGCUGUGUGCUUGAUACCAUGGAUUCAUCUUGCUCCCUCUAAAUACAAAGACUACGUCGUGUCCCAGGGCCAAGAUAUAACGUGGUGGGGUAUAUAUUCGGCACAAAGCAUGGUAGACAACACAGGUCUCACCCUUACCCCAGAUAGCAUGAUUUCUUUUCGCGACGCAGCCUGGCCUAUGCUUGUCAUGUCCUUUUUAGCCCUCGCCGGCAACACACUAUACCCAUGCCUUUUGCGACUCCUCAUUUGGAUCCUGUGGAAGAUCGCUCCAGCUGAAUCGUCAUACAGCGAGUCUCUGCGUUUCCUGCUGGACCACCCCCGUCGAUGCUAUACACUCCUGUUUCCCAGCACCGCAACAUGGAUCCUCGCCGGCAUCGUCUUCGCCCUGAACUUCAUCGAUACCCUGCUCAUUAUCGUUCUCGACCUUGACAAUCCUGAAGUCAAUGUCCUCCCUGUUGGCCACCGCAUCCUAGCAGCUCUCUUCCAGUCCGCAUCAUCGCGUCACACGGGUACCGCAUCAUUCAACCUUGCCAACGUAAAUCCUGCUGUCCAGUUCAGCUUGCUCGUCAUGAUGUACAUUUCCGUCUACCCAAUCGCUAUCAGUAUCCGUAUGAGCGAGAGUUACGAGGAGAGUCCUGUGGGGCUCUAUGCAGAGGAGGAGAGCCUCGACGACAAUAAUGAUAGCAAGACGUAUCUGAUCAAUCACAUGCGAAACCAGUUGAGUUUCGACUUGUGGUAUAUAUUCCUGGGUGUAUUCUGUAUUUGUAUUGCUGAAAGCGACAGAAUUAUGAGCAAGCAGGAUUGGGCUUUCACCGUUUUCACCGUCUUUUUCGAAGUUGUCUCCGCAUACGGAAACGUCGGGCUUUCCCUUGGCUACCCUACCAACCUGUGUUCACUAUCUGGCCAGUUCACUCUCUUUAGCAAAUUAGUCAUCUGCGCCAUGAUGAUACGUGGACGACACAGGGGACUGCCAUACGCGCUGGAUCGUGCCAUCAAUCUGCCUAAUGACCUUAUCACCGAUGACGAACAGGAGAGAUAUAGGGACUUUGUUACUGAAGGUACUACUAUUACGAGGGAAGCGACGGAGAGCAAGGAAGAAGGAAGGUUUGCAAAGAGUAGGAGACUGGUGAGGAGCUUGACACAGUAG